CCCCCCGCCCGGCCGCCGCCGCCAUGGAGUCGAACCGGGACGAGGCGGAGCGGUGCAUUAGCAUUGCGCUGGCCGCCGUCAAGGCCAACCAGCCCGACAAGGCCCGCCGCUUCCUGGAGAAGGCGCAGCGCUUGUAUCCCUCGCAGCGGGUCCGCGUUCUGCUUGAGUCACUCAACAAGAGCGAGCAACCCGCCAAUGGCCAGUCCCAAUCCAAGGAAUCCACAAAAACCCCUCCGUUCAGGAAAAUGAGCGGAGACUUCCCAUCAGCCAACGGAGAGGCUGGGGGGGAGGCCCCCAAGGGCUACACUCAGGACCAGCUGGAUGCAGUGAAGAGGGUAAAGCAGUGCAAAGAUUACUAUGAAAUUCUGGGAGUCAACAGAGAAGCUUCUGAUGAGGAUCUGAAGAAGGCCUACAGGAAACUAGCCCUGAAAUUCCACCCAGACAAGAACCAUGCGCCAGGGGCCACGGAGGCAUUCAAAGCCAUUGGGAAUGCGUACGCGGUGCUGAGCAACCCGGAGAAGAGGAAGCAGUACGACCAGUUCGGAGACGAGAAACUCAACCCCACCCGCCACGGGCACAGCCACGCCGACUUCCACCGCGGCUUCGAGGCCGACAUCUCCCCCGAGGACCUCUUCAACAUGUUCUUUGGGGGUGGUUUUCCCUCUAGUAAUGUUCACGUGUACAGCAAUGGCAGGAGAUACACCUACCAUCAGAGACAGGACAGGAGGGAGCACCAGGGGGAUGGUGGCCUGGGGCUGUUUGUGCAGCUGAUGCCCAUCCUCAUCCUGAUCAUCGUGUCUGCUCUCAGCCAGAUGAUGGUCUCCAGCCCACCCUACAGUUUGAGCCACAGGCUGUCUGUGGGUCACACACACAGGAGGGUCACAGAGCACUUGAAAGUCCCCUACUACGUGUCCGAGAGCUUUGCCGAGGAAUACACGGGCACGAACCUGAAGAACGUUGAGCGGAGCGUGGAGGACGACUACAUAGCAAACCUUCGGAAUAACUGCUGGAGAGAGAAGCAGCAGAAGGAAGGCUUGUUGUACCGGGCACGCUACUUCGGGGACUCGGAUCUGUACGAGCGGGCGCAGAAGAUGGGCACCCCCAGCUGUAGCAGACUGUCAGACGUCCAGGCCUCCCUGCACUGAUAGUCCCAGCCCAAGUACGAGCAGGGAACCAUAGUGCUUUGAUCACUGAGAUCCCUGAUUGAGACACAGCCCUCCAGGAGUUUCCUCGGGGUGCACACGUGCAGGCCUCCCCUCCGACGAGCGCUCCCUCGUUAAUCAGGAAUUGAUUUGGUUUCGUUUGCAUGUCGGCACCCACGGCUCUCUCCAGGCUCCCUGUUUUCUCUGGCCUCUAGGAACAGGGCAGAAUCCCUUGGUGGGGUUGGAAGUUUCUUUCCGUGCUGGGGCAUCCAGCCCCCACAUUUUAAUGAACCCUUGGUUUUGGUUGCUUUGUUGCCUGUUUUACUGGGAAAGCUGUUACCCCCUGGCACGUGAAGCCACACGGUGACAGUGAAUGGAGUCCCACCCAACAGAUGUUCCUUGCCCCCCCUUCCAUGGCCUUCCCAUUCAAGGAGAACAAAGCAAAUGUUCCCAGCAGGUUGUAGAAGUAACUUACUGAGUUAAACUGGCAAUCAGAGGAAAAGCAGCUGGUGGGGAGGCUCUGGAAGAUUUGGGGCUUGGAGAGCUUGGAUUAAGGAGAGCCCGGAUAAGGAGAGACCGGAUGUGCUGGGAGAACUGCACCAAAAUAAUGAAAAAAAAUUGCCACAGGGUUUGCAGUCCUUUUUCUGCAUAAAUUUUUGGGCUGAUUUCACUACCAGGUACUGCUGGGCUGGCUGUGCAAUGUGCAGAUCCCACUACCCCAAAAUUAUCUGAAUGCAGGAUUUCUAUGGAAAAAUCUCCUGGGUGAAGUUUGUCCCAGGUGUUGUGUGGACACCAUUCCGGCUCACAGGGACUCCUUGAAGACUGAGCUGCUUGAUUUGCAGUUUUGGGCAAUCUGAAAGUUUGACCUUUAAAGCAAAUCCUCUGGGUAUUUUUUUUUUUUUUUGUUGUACCCUGGUUUUGGAUCCAUUCUUAUCUUGAUCAGCCCGCUCUCUCAUUCGGAUGACUGCGCUCUUCUGGUUUUAAUUACCUGCUUUUCUUUCAUUCCCUCCCUGCACUCAUGGUCUGGAAAGAGCCUGGAAAAGCUGCUGCCUGUGCUGUGGGGUGGGGAAGGCAGGGGAAGUCACAGAUUGUCCGGACACUGACACCGCUGCCACUUCUGUUCCCAGAGUGUCAAAAUGCCUGAAGACUUUUGGGGAAGUGCACCAGGCCGAGGUGACAGACUUUUGCUAUUUAAAAAGAAUCAAACCUUAUCUGGAAAAUGGAAUUGGAGAAUUAGCAACGCACAACUGCCCCUCUUUCUUCUCUCUGCCCCCCUCUGACGAUUGCAGGCAGUGCUUGUGACAGGAAAUCCAGCUUUCAGUCUUCCUCCCCUCCUUCCAACACUACUGGCGUGCUCCCAGGAUCCCACAAGGAUCCCACAGCCCCUGGAACAGACACCCAGAGUGUAAAAUAACCCAAACUAACUGCAGAAGCCGUGAAGCAGGAGACCCUUCGCCGCUGCUAAUGGAGAGACAAGUGGGACAAUUUGUUGAUAAAAGAAAACACUAAAGAGAAAGAAAAGAAAAUAUAAUCUAUUUAGCAUUAAUUUAUAGCUGUAUAUAUGUUAUACUUUUAAACUAUGCAGGGGUUGGAUGAUUAAAUUAUUUUGAUUUCUGUCCAUUUUGGGGAGCAGGGCAGCGGGAAGCCUCUUCCCAGGAUGUCUCUUUCCUGCCUGGAAACCAGAAAUCCAUUUGCAGUUGCUGUGCUUUGCUCACAGGAGGACGUUCUGCGGAUGGGGACAUCCACACACCUGCUCUUGGGGUUUUGAUAAAACCAAAAUCCCAGAAGUGCAGGGGAUCCUAGAGAGCAGGGGGAGCCUGUGGCAUGGAUUUGCAGAGUUGGCAGAAGCCGCAGGGUCAGCUGAGCGCCGGCGUCGCGCUCAGGAUGGGAAGGAUUGUCCUGGAUGGAUUUUGCUCGUCAGUCUUUGGUUUUAAUUUGUGCACGUAACUCCUUUUUCUGCCGAGUCUGCUGGAAUUCUGCCUGGUAGUCAGGGCUUUCCAUGGGCCUGGCCCUUUGUUGGAGGUUUUGUGCUUGUCCCACGCUGGGGUUCCUCACCCAACCAGCCACCCACUGGGUGCAGCCCUGCCCCAGCCUUCACAUCCAUCUCGUGUUUCCCGGAGGACAUCUGGAAAAUGCCACAAAUCCACAAGGAACAAAGCAUUCUGCUGGAAGAGGUUCUGCUGGGGGAGAUCAGGGGCUGUCUGAUCUGCCCUCUGCCCCGCCAAGGGCAGGACCAGUGUGAGGCUGCUCCAGGUGAGGAGCCAUCUCCUGGAAGCGAAGCCAGCACAAGCAGAGCCACCUCCCAUGGAAUAAACUGGAUUUUAAAUUUUUUUUUCUUUUUCUUUUUUUUCUUUUUUUUUUUGCUACUCUGCAGCUCAUUUGUGUCUAAAGACAUUUCCAGUGAAAAUCGUCCCCUGGCAUGGUCAGGGGGGUGAGUUGGGAGCAUGGCAGCUCCCGGGUGGGCUGGCAGAAGUGGUUUCAUCCCGUUGUCCGUAGGAAUCCGUGCACUCUGUCUUGGCUGUUUAUUUAUUUUGUGAAAUCUCAGCCUCCCGUUGGCUGCAAGCCCUGUUAUCCCACAGCCACCAUGGCUUGGAGCUGAUUUUAAGGAGUUUUAUUUUUAUUUUUUUUGUAAUGGUUCCUCCACCUUCAGAAGAAAUUGGGUGGAAGUUGAGGAUUGGAAAUGGCGCUCAAUAGAGGCACAGGGAUGAUGGGGACGGGGUUAAACCAAAAUCCUGCUCCCAGAAGGAGCUGGAUGUGUUGCCCAAUGGCAUUGCCUGUCCAGAGCCUACCUGCCAAAGCCUUUGGGUUAUUUUUCCUGGUAGAUACCCACGGAUCUUAAGGAGGGAGAAUGGAUCCCAGUGGAUGCUCACAGAGGCUGUAUCUCUCGAUUUAGAGUUAAUUAUACAAUUGUACAUCUAUAAAUAAAUGUUUAUAACGUGAAA